CAUGAUUGUGCUGUGUUGUGCUUGUUUUUCGUCGCAUUAAUGUACGCGGAAUAAAAAAAGAUUACAUUUCGUGAUAGCUAUGGACAGGGACCAAUUGCUGCGUGAGACGAAGGGUGGUAAGAUAAAAGACGGUCCCAUUCGCUGUAUACUGCUCAGCGAGUUUCAUGUUGUGGCGGGCUCCAAAAUCAGCUGUCAAGUGCCGGAGAAUUUCAUAACCAAAGAAGUGUUUGACUCCAUCCGUACAUACAUCAUUCCUAAGCCACAACUACAACGGUGCAUUUUAACAAUUAAUACGUUGGGUCAUAAAGUAAUCGGCUAUCCAGUGCGGAUCAAUCACGUGCGUUAUCAAAGGAAUUUUUUUUAUUUCAAUUUAUGUUUUGUGUUUGACUCGUGGUCGCGAACCGUCCAAUAUGAGGCUGUGGUUAAAAAGCUUUCCGAAUAUCUGCUUAUGAUGGAGGAGGAAGGAUCUUUUCUAUCAAACGCGGAAAACAAUGGCAAUAUUAGCAACUUGCUCGCGUGCAUAUUGCGAGACCUUAACCAGCGCCAUGUAGCGACGAUCGUAGAGGGCGAUACCACCAUCUAUCUAAAGAUAGGUCGCCUCAAAUCUGACCCACCGGUUGUGCAGGACCACCAGGUACCGCUCCUGUGCCGAGGAUUUGAGGACACAGACCUUGACUCCUGGGACCUAACAACGCAGCAAGUGUUGCCUUUUAUCAACGGUAUCAACCACGUUGCACGCAUUGCCGCCGAAGCGGACGUCGAGAAUCAACUAGUAAAAUCGUGCAUCCAAAAUCUAGUGUACUACGGCGUAAUGCAGCUGUUACCUUUGCUCAAGUACAGCAACGUGUACAUGUGCACACGUGAACUGCAGAAACUCACGCGUGAUCGAUCCUUGGCCGACGAGUGCCGCAAGUACGUGCAGCUUCAACAUGCAGAAAAGGUGGACACAGUUCGCCUGCCCAGCUUGUUCAACAUUCUGCAACUCUACUCGCAGAUGACGCACGGCGUUACGCUGCGUUCGUUAUGUCAGAGGCUCUGCCCGCGUGACAACAAUAUCGACGAGCGCAAGCUAGUUUCCUUCGGUUUGCAGCACAAUCUGAUCCGCUGCAUCAACAAGUAUCCUAUAUACACUGGGUCAAUACCAACACCAAAGCACAAACUGUACACUGGUCUGAACAGCUUGGACGAAAUUUGUUGCAAAACGGGAAUGUCACCUAGUCGCAUCGAACAAGAAAUCGAUAUGGAUUCCAACGUGACCGUCAUUUGGAAGUAAUGUUAUUGUGCUAAAUGUGUGUUGCCAUUCAGCCUGAUUCAGUACGUCAGGAUCUGUUGGCAUACUUUUGUGUUCUAAUUGUUAUUUAUCUUCUGUUUGUGUUUUCAAGGGUUGUUUCAUCUUACUCUUAUAUGUUAUAUGUUCUAGUUUAUAUUUUUUGUUCUUUUAUAUCUAUUUUCAGACAUUUUAACAUUUUAUAUAAUCUCGUUGUUGAUUGUGCAUGUGAAAAUUUUUCUUCUGCAAGUCAAAAUUUCUCCUAAACCCCUGGGAAGGAAAUAGUUGUGUAAAUAUACCAUUAUCAUUCAUCCAAUAAUAUAUAUAAUAUAUAAAGGGAAUAUUUAGAUUUUUAAAUCUUGUAUAUAGCAGGUCACUUUCCUCGUUAUAUCCAAAUAGCUAGCAUGUGCAUGCAGUUGAAGUCUAUUUGUUUCUAGAAUUAUAUGGCAAUGAGCGUUUUAAUCAUCGUGAAAAUGGUUGGUUCUCGUUGUUAGAGGCCAUUGUUAUAUCAUACAUUCAUACCAUUGCCUAGAUCACAUACUCAUCUUCAAUUUGUAUCCUGGAAAAUAACAUUGAAUCCGAGAUUAUUUUGCAGCAACUGUGUGUAUCUGAAUAUUGAAAUAGAAUAAAAUACGACAAUUAUUCGUCAUACAUUAAGAACUUUCAUAGCAACUUUCGUUAAUGGUCAGAAUCAGUUUUGAAAAUCAUAUUUCGCGAAUUGAAGCUAUACUGACACAUUUGGCUAUCAGUGAUUAAAGUAUCCUCAUAAUGCUUUUACUAACUAUAUUCGAGAAAUGUGGCAAUUUCCAUAACACCCGCUUGAUGUAAAUAGUACCCUAGAUCGUAGUAUAGCGUAUUAUAUAACAAUUAAUUUCUUUUUGUAUUAAUAGUGAUAAUAGUAGUAUAGCAGUAAUAGUACUGAUAUUCUUAGCAAUAUUAGUGAUAACUUCGUUUAAAAAGAUAAAACUGCAUCAUGUGUUAGAAAUUGUGUUGAGACAGUAGACCUUGUUUAAGGUUCAAUUCUCUAGAAUACCAUAUAAAUAUUAUUGGAAUAUUAAUAAGUCGAAGGUUGUCAUACAAUAUAAAUAAAUCAAAAAUAUGUUUCUAAUUUUAAGCUCAGUUACGUUUUAUAGUUGUCAUCAUAAUGAAUUUUUGAGACUCCAUUGCAAGAUGUCACAAUGUUUUUCGAGGAGUAAGAGUCUUCUUCAUACA